AUAUUUGAUAAAAAAGUGAGUUGCAUGUAAACUCAAUAUGCAUUUCUUUAGCUCUAACACCAUAAGAAACAUAAUUAACAGUAAACCAUAUUCUAAUUAAAACAUUUAUUUGAACUAUAUCUCGUUUGGAAUAAAAAGAAAACACAAUAUUCAUUACCCCAAAAAUGUACAGGCCAACAAGUUUUGACCUCAACUAAACUUCACAAACACUUGAACAGAAGAAUGGAUAUCACAGUUGUAUACAUGUUCCCACCUAACAUUAUUUAAUUUAACAACCUAUCCCCACUUUCAUACAUGCUACAGACUUCUAUAAGAAAUUGCCCUGGAUAGUCCAAAAGAGGCUCUUUUGUCUGUCACGUAAAAACACGGGCGCCAAUGCAUAUCGUUCUAAUACGAUUGAAGUUCUUGUUAAUAUUAUUAUUCUUGUUAUUAACUGAUACCCUAUUGUAAACGUUGGUAGCUAGGUUUUUAGUUUAAUUAAAUAUACGAACUUGAUACCCGAGUUACAUCAAGAAGACAAAUAUGAAACCAAAAGCAGGCCGAAGAGUGAAAACAAAUUACGUUACCUCCAAUGUCGAGGAAUCGGUCGGUUUGUAGUCGGUACAGAAUUGGUUUUGGCGGUGAGGGUAAGGUAUAAGAGAGUCUGUGAAUUAAGACUAAUACAUAUAACCGCCCACACACCAACGAAUGCAGGGAAAGUGCGUCAAGACUAUAAAUAUCUUCCAUUUUGCAAAGUGUGUCUUUACAUAUUAUACGCACUACAGUUUUAUAUGACUCUGUGUACAGCUAUCUCAGGGCGUAGUACUACCGAGAUAAUACCGCACUGCUUUCUACUAAUGCCUUUUUAAGGGAAGAAAAUAGCAGAACUAUUACUGGUAAAUUUGACCCGACUCCAACAUGGCCGAACCACCAGUCUACACUCCCCCUGAACAACAGAAUACCGCCGACCCACCUCCCGGAGUAUAUCCAGAAGGUCAACUGGCAGCAAAUCCGCAGGGCCACCCGGUAGCAUAUCAACAGGGCCAACCGGUAGCUUAUCCGCAGGGCCAACCGGGAGCAUAUCAACAAGGUCAACCGGUAGCUUAUCCACAGGGCCAACCGGUAGCAUAUCAACAAGGUCAACCGGGAACAUAUCCGCAAGGCCAACCGGUAGCAUAUCAACAAGGUCAACCGGUAGGAUAUCCGCAGGGCCAACCGGUAGCAUAUCCACAGGGUCAACCAGUAGCUUAUCCGCAGGGCCAACCAGGGGUAGUGUAUCCGCCAGGUCAGCAGGUCGUCAUCACUCAAGGGGGCGCCACCCAUGUGUACCAAACUGGCAGCAGCUCGGGUGGUUGGAAUAAUACCUCCGAACAUUACAACCAAAAAGCCGGCUUAGCUACGGGGAUAGUGCAUCUGAUCGUAGCUAUCCUGUCUGUCAUUCUCGGCGGGGUUGCAUACGCGUUUCCAGUGUAUCAGGUCGGCUAUGGAAUCUGGUCUGCCUUCAUUUUCUAUCUCCCUACAGGAAUCUUAGGGAUCGUUAGCAAGAAGAAGAACUCGUGCGUGAUCAUCGCAUACAUGGUGAUGGCAAUCCUGUGUACUGUCCAUGCUUUCGGGAUGCUGGCAUAUGAAUCAUUUGUAGCCGCAGUGCUGACCUACUUUGUGUCUUGUUACCGACGGUACUAUGGUUUCAGCUCCGAUUAUAUCUGUGCAUAUCAUCGUUCGGUGGGUGCCGUUUGCGUUCACUCCAUACUCGCUAUCCUCGGCUUGGUCGAGUUCAUUAACUGUAUCGUGUCUGCUGUCUACUGCUGUGGGGGACACUCCUGCUGCUGUGCCAAAGCCUCUACCAACCAGACCAAUGCCAAUACUGCUACCACGGUGCACUAUUAUGGCCAGGCACAGCCAAUGACAGUAGCUAAUACUGCACCGGGUCCAGAAAGCGGAAAAUAG